CGUUCUUUUACCAUUUUUUUACUUAACCCGAUGUAGAUAUCUUAUGGUGAAUGCCUCCUCCAUAUUCCCACCACAAAAAGCCGGCGAUCGAGCGACUGGCUUACUGCUGCAGCCAUGGUUUCGGUUUUAGUUUCGAACUGACGGAGAAAACCGAAGGGCCCGGAGGUUCUGUGGCUUCUGCUGCUGCCCGCCACAAAAGGAUAAGUGAGAUGAGAUGAACAAUCUCUUGCCCACUAUCUCGUCCCUCCUUGCUCCUUCCUCCUCUCCCGCCUUCCACCUGUGCCUCCGCCACCGCUUUCCCUCUUGUUCCCGCCGGUUUGAUACCUUUUGCCGCUGGGCCCCGCCAUCUUCUAGGCGUCGUCGUCGAAGGAUCGCCCGCCGAUGGGAGAACCUGAACAGGCCGCCUUCGACGGUGGAGGAGGAAACGACGGUGAAGGUGGUUAUCGACGUUGCGGGGGCUAAGGCUAGGGUGUCGAACGCUGUCGAGGACUUCGUCUUGGCGGGAGAGGAAGCGAUACGGGAUCUGAGCACUCUGAUCUCUUUUGAUCAGGACCGCAGAAUGAUCAUCUCCUGCCGGCGCUCCUCGUUGGAGUUCUUGGGGAUGCUAGUCGCGUGCUCGCUUUGCUUGGUUGCUCUUGCUAGGGCGUUGGCGAGGCUGAGUAUUGUGUUCAGGGGAAGGAAAUGGAAGGGUGGGUCGGGGAGCGGGGUGGUUGUGAGACGGGAUAGGAGUCUCGGAGGGAGGGAGGUCGUGGUUGCAACCAGAAGUGGCGAGUGGGAGACGGGUAGGAGUCAGAAGGAUUUUGAUGCGCCGAAUCCGCUUUCUGCAAUUCAGACUGUCAGGUUAGAGAAGGGAGAGCGCGAAAAGCGUUUCUCGAAGGUGGAGAAAUUGCCGGGUUGGUGGCCGAAGAUGGAAUCCUCUCAGGCUAAACUGUUCGUGGAGCCAGAGUUCCAACGGGAGGCUCACAGGAUAAUGCGAGCAAUCAUGAAUAAUAGACUGAUGGGAAGGGAUAUUACAGAUGAUGAUAUAUUGCAACUUCGUCGAGUGUGCAGAGCUAGUGGUGCAAGAGUCUCAUUUGACACAUUAAAUACAAGGGAUUCCUUUUACCGCGCUUCAGUGAACUUUGUUUUGGACAUAUGUUGCAGCAAAAUAUGGGACAAAGCCAUGGUUCAAGUUGAUGGAGAGGAUGCCCCACAUUUUUUAGCUGGGCUUGCAGAAAACAUAGGUCUUGAAAAUAUCCGUGCUUCAACUAUCAUUUCUGCAUCUGUGGCAGCGCGUGUCCGAUCAUUAUUUUUGCAGGCUUGGGCAUUGGAGAUGCAGGGUGAGAGAUCUCAGUCACUUCAGGAGCUUCAGAAAAUAUGUCUUGUUCUUCAGACAUUUCUCCCUGAUGAACAUUCUCCUGAAAUGGAAAUGGUUGCAAAAAGUCUUGAAAAGCAUCUGAAGUUGGCACAAAGAGAACAGUUGUUGAACCUUUACACCGGUGUCUGUAGUACUCAUAGUCGAAGCAUCGCAGCUGAAGCCCUUGGUUUGGAUUUUGAAUCUCCCUAACAUUCAUUUAGGUGCAGUUAUACGGGAAUUUAGUUGUAGUAUUUCCAUUAUUUAUCAAUGGUACAAUACAAUCAUAUUCAUUUAUAAAGGCAAUAAUGUCUAACUGAAAUGAACGUAUUAGUUCUGUCUGAUUCACAUCCAUCAUGAUCCUUCGGGGAAUGGGAAUGUAAAAUGAUUUAAAUUUAUUUUAUGUUAGUGCAUUUAACUUUCU